UGAGCAAAUUUACAGUCCUGUUAACAUUGACUUAAGAAAAGUGAAUUUGGGUGGAUUUAUGGAGGAGAUUAUCAUCAAAAAAGAGUGUUCUGCGAAUAAACUUUAAGUCUCUCUCCCAAUUUAUCGUCGUCACACUUAAAGUCAUUCCUAACAAAUGUCCUUCGAACAAACAGCCUGUGAGGAUUUGAAGGCGUUUGAGCGCAGGUUAACGGAAGUUAUUGCUUGUCUUCAGCCAGCAGCUAUCAGAUGGAGGUUGGUGCUUGCUGUAAUAUCAAUAUUCACUUCAGUCGGAGCAUUUCACUGGUUGACUGACAAUGAAACCUCCAGUGUCUCUUUUACACAGUCGCUAUGCAAUCAUCCGUACUUCACUUUAUCCAGCUUAAUUUUGAUUAUUUUAUUCAUCUUUGGAAUCCACAAAAGAGUCAUAGCUCCAUCCAUCAUCACUGCCCGCACUAAAAGCGUUCUUGAGGAUUUUAAUAUGUCGUGCGAUGAUACUGGCAAAUUGAUUCUGAAGCCGAGACCAACCAUCACUUAGUGAAAUGAAAUGAAGGAAGAGGAGGCUAGUCUACCGCAAACGUUUUUCAAAAGAUGGUGCUCAAAGUCCUUAUAUUUAUUUUUAUUGUGGAAGAAAGAGGGUUUGAAACAUGAAGCAGUUACCUUGCUUGAGUAAACUGCAACAGAAUGAUGCCCUUCAAGUCUACCCUUUCACUAAAUUAUGAUCAGUAAUUCUGGGAAUCUUUGGAAAUUACAGCCAAAACAUUCUAUAAUCAUGUCAUGUUGAAGGGUUGGUCAAGGAAAUAAAAUUUAAAAUGACAGUGGAGAACAACCAUGGACAGAUUACUUGAUAGAAUGCUUGGAAAGUUCAUGGAAGUGGGGUCAAUGAGAUUGCAAUUGUUCUUCAUGCAUAGAAAUAUAGUAAAUCUAAACUGAAAAACUAAAUUUUAUCUCUAAACCUUUUUCUGAACUAGAGUUUUCAUUUUAUUCCUUUAACUUAGCACCAUUAGUUUUUUGCCAAGUAUGCAGAUGAAAUUUUUUCAUGCUUCAAGUGGAAAGUUUUAUGGAAUCAUACUUACUUUUUGACAGCCUAUCGGAAAAACUGGAAACCACUGAAGUUAAUGUGCUUGCCUCACUCCCAAAUUAAAACCGGGCAUUGUCACCCCCUGAAUGAUACACACCAACCUAAGUGUUUCUAAGUCAGAGCCCAUCAAUCUGAGUUUUUAUUUUCGCCUGUUCGUUUCUCUGCAAGUUUAAAAUGUUACCAAAAUGUUUGAGUUAGGUACUGUUGUCCCCAAACUCUCUGUAAGAUCUUUUAGGAGUAUUUAAUUUCUCAUGUCAAGCUGAUUACUUUUCGUCCUAACUUCCAUGAAGAAACCAACAUUAAUUGACGAAUUGUUUUCUAACCUUUGACACUUAUUUUAUUUUUUCUAAAUGUGUCAAGAAUGUAUCAUCAGAAAUGUUCCCUUUAUCUUUGAAUAAAAUAUAAAGGUUGAAUUAUAAAGUUAAUCAUUUUCAGCUUUGAAUGACCGUAAGUCUUUGGCCCACUGAAUUUAAAAAUCAACAAAAAUUUUGAACAGGAAGUGAUUGUGGGAAGACAACUUUUCUUCAUUGCCCUGAAGCAAGAAGAUAAUACUUUAUUGACUUGAGUACCUAAUCACUAAUCAGCUCCGUCUGGAGAAAAUAUUCUGGGUCUCCAUCAACAAGGGAUUGCAUCAUUAAUGUAACUCAAAUUUCAUGAAUGUAGGGUAGGCCUGCAAAACUUUUGAUGUAGUCAGUUUGAAAAUUAUCUAUUUUUUGCCUCUUAGUCCCAUUUCAGCUUUUUUUUUUUUACUUCAAUGAGUAAUUAGGUUCUAGAGAGAGCGACAGAAAUAUGCUGAGUAUGAACUUCUCAUCAAUAUGGGAGUGCAGUGACUUCAUAUUGAAUUCUUUUAAUCUGUUAUCUCAGAACUUAGUGCACUCUCAGAUGCAUUUCUAACAUUUUUUCAGCUCAUCUUUUUUUCUUCUUAGCCAUGUGUGGUUAGUGAGGAUUCCCAUGCUUUCCCAUGCAGUCUUUGCAUUAUUAUACUGUCAACUGCUGUCUACAUUGUGCGUUUAUAGUCUACAGUCCAUCCCCAGUCGAGUUACUAUUCAUGAUAAUGAUAAAAGUUCUCAUCAUUUAGUUUUACAAUAUAACAAGGUUUUGAAGAUUGAAUUCUCCAUUGAAUUGUCCAUAAAUGCUUCCAUAUUUCUGCUGAAUAUUUUCAAUCAAAUAUAGUUUCGACACUUCUUAUUUCUUAGGUUUCUUUGUCAUAGUAUGGAGUGUAAUUCGUCGUUGUUCGGAAUGGAGUUCCUUUCUUAUCUGAAGAUACUUAUAAGCUUUUGCAAUCUCUUUUAUCUCUUUUUUGUUAUAAGUUUUUUUUUAACUCUAAAAAACCCAAGUACUCGACGAGCAAAGCGUUGUAAAUAAGUUGACUGGCUAGUUAACUUUGGUAGCAAUGACUCCAGAAGGAAUCAGAUGAUGAAUUUCUCAAAGAAUUUUAAAUAAGGGAUUCUGUUGUUCCAUUUCUAUGCGAUUUAUGUACCUUGGAAAAAAGAUGGCAUCAAAAUUUUGUUACAUUUAGAGUAUGAUUCAUGUUGAAUUGUUGAUGUGUAACAUUUUGGUGCAAAAAGUGUAAGAAAAAAUUAAUGUAAAACUUAACUGAAACAGAACACCUCUAUUAAUGCAAGUUUGCACUUAGUAUGAGAAAAUCAAGCGAGUUUUAAAAUAUUUGGGAAAGUUUUUCCCUAAACUUGAAGAGAAAAGUCUGAAAAGUACCAUCCUUAUUUUAAAGUAUAGAAACAGUAAAUACUGUCUCAAUAACUUACUUAUAAUAAGUCAUAUUUUGUGAUUUGAAAUGUUGAGUUUUAAAUACAUGAUGUUUUCUCGAGGCUA